GGCACGUCAGGCUAGGCUCAGGAUGGGCCAGUGAGAAGGAGCCAUGUUGGGUGUAGAUUAGAGGGGAAAUCCUUCCUUGUGGUCUGAGAGAUACCACUUGAUGUUUGAGUUCUGCACAAGGCCCGUGGGCCGCCGGCUAGUGACAGUGGUAUCAGGAAGGAGCCAGCCUCUCUUGUUGGGGCAGGGGAGCUGGAGGAAUUGCCUGUGUUUAGAAAUGGGAGGGAGCACUGUGCGCAAGCCAGAAAUAGCACGAGUGGCCCGAGGGAAAUGGGAAGGGGAACUGGAUCUACUAAGCUACCAACCUGUCCCUGACUGUACUAACAGUGACAAGAGGGGUAUACACCCCCCUGCAGAGCCUGUCAGCAACACGGUGCUUCUCCUAUCCCUCUCAGAGCCAGCCAGAUAUGUCAGAGGAUUCACCCCAUCCCCAGGCCUCUGGAGCCUGCCAGAGAGAGAGUACAUUCCAAGUAAAAAUCUUGAUAUAACCCAGGAAGAAAUAAAGAAAUGUCUGCGACUAAAUCCUGAUGUUCCUAUCUGGGUCUCCAAACAGCGCAUUCUUUGCACCUUGAACCACAGCCUGAAGGAUGUUCUGAACUAUGGGCUCUUCCAGCCAGCCUUCAAUGGCAGGGCUGGAAAGUUCCUGGAUGAGGAGCGACUUCUGAGGGAAUAUCCUCUGAAUCCAGACACUCCUGUGCCCUACCUGGAGUUCCGGUACAAGAGGCGUGUGUACACACAGAGUCUGCUGGAUGACAAGCAGUUUGCCAAGCUCCACACAAAGGCAAAUCUGAAGAAGUUCAUGGAGUACGUGCAAAUACUAAAUGUGGAGAAGGUCUGCAGACUGCUGGAGAAGGGACUGGACCCCAACUUCCAUGAUCCGGACACAGGAGAAUGCCCCCUGACAAUGGCCACCCAGCUGGAGCACAGUGCCGAAGUGAUCAAAGUGUUGAAGAAUGGAGGAGCACAUCUGGAUUUCAGGACUCGGGAGGGAAUGACAGCUCUUCAUAAGGCCAUCCGGUGCCGGAACCACAUUGCCCUGAUGACACUCUUAGACCUGGGUGCCUCCCCGGAUUACAAGGACAGCCGAGGAUUAACUCCUUUGUACCACAGCGCCAUGGUUGGAGGGGACCCUUACUGCUGUGAGCUUCUGCUUCAUGACUAUGCCAAGGUGGGCUGUGUAGAUGAGAAUGGCUGGCAAGAAAUCCACCAGGCAUGUCGCUAUGGCCAUGUGCAGCACCUGGAGCAUCUUCUCUUCUAUGGAGCUGACAUGACUUCCCAGAAUGCCUCAGGAAACACGGCGCUCCACAUCUGUGCUCUCUAUAAUCAGGAGAGCUGUGCCCGGGUCCUCCUCUUCCGCGGUGCAAGCAAAGAGAUUCGUAACUACAACAGCCAGACGGCGUUCCAGGUGGCCAUCAUUGCAGGAAAUUUUGAACUGGCUGAAAUCAUCAAAACCCACAAAGAGUCCGAUGUUGUGCCUUUUAGAGAAACUCCCAGCUACACCAAGAGGAGACGGCUCACGGGCGCAGGAGGCCUCUCCUCCCCCCGCUUGCUGCAGCGCUCUGCCAGCGACAACAAUUUGAAAGCCGAGAGCCACCCGUCCUACUCCCCAGUGCCCUCGCUCCGCAGCCUGCCCCCGCAGCUGCUGGUGCAAAUGCAGGAAGCUGCUGUAGGGGCAGGGGUCGGGGACAGCAGCCUGGUGAGCACGGGCAGCUCCCGGAGCGCUCACAGCCGCUCCCCGUCUCUGCAGCGGGUGCAGGAAGAGAAGGAGGCCGACGUGCACACGCUCAGGAGGAGCAGCCGCAGCAAGAGCAGAGUCGGUGGGAGAGACGGGCUAAAGGAAAUGGUCUUGUGGAGCCUUGGCAGAGACCCAGAGUAGGGGAGGUGCAUGUUGGACGGCACUAGAGAUGACCUUUUCAUGGGAGCUGCGGUAAAUACUACAUCCUACCACUUUAUUUUGAAUAGCAUUUUGCACAGAGUCCUUUCCAAACUGCUGGACAGAGUGUGCUACAGAGCAGCGUGCAGCCUGCACAGGAUGGCUGAAGGGGGCUGGCAGCCAGAGGGAGGCCAGGCAGAGAGAGAACUGGAAGGUCAGAUCUGCAAGUGGUGGCGAGUAACAAGGAGCUGCAGCGAUGUCCCACUGCUGUAGCGUGAAGGGUCUGAGAGGAGAAAUGCAACCAUGGGAAAGGUCUCUGUUCUGCUGGGUGCUGAAAUCAGGGGGGAGCUAGUGGAGUUGUGGAGGCAGCG